UCUCGAAAUGAGGAAACGGGAAUCUUUUCAAGGAGCUUGUCCGCCUGCCAGUUGCUCCGUUUCCUCAGAAAUAAACUGCGGCUGUAGAUGCAAUCAAUAACCAUGGUCGCUCUGGGUCGGCUUCUUUGGAAUUGAGACUCGCAGUCGAUGGUUUAGAAAACCGGACGCCUGUUCUAACGCUAGCCGCUGUACACAGAUUAAUUGAGGCACAUUUCUAUGAUCACCAGCAUCCGCAGUACUUCAGCUUUUGUUUUAAUAUAUUCAUUCCCGGUCGCUCCUAAUGAACUGCCUGGGGCUCUCCAAAGAUGAUCAGGUUCAUGUUGGGAGCGGUCCGAGCUGAAGUUAUCUCCAACCGGGGGUGGGGGGAAAAAAAACAGCUUGUAAUCCUCAGCGGUUGAAACUCUCAGUCCGUUCGAAUUCCGGCUUCGUGCACACCAGAAAGAGAGAGAGAAACGAUUGCAGACUUGUUUGUUUGACCUAUUCCAUUGGUCUAUUCUCCCCACUCUGCCUCCACGCCUCCCCUCCAACUUCCUCAAUCUUGCCCGAAAAGGAUUCGGGGCUUCAGACCAUGAGCGAGUUGCUGAAGUCGCCCCCGAACGAAGUGCUGCUGGUCACCUCCACCCUGUAUAACAUCCCUCACAAGGUCGAUCCGGCCGAGCGCGCUCGCUCCCCGGACGAGUCGCCCAGCCCCACCCCGUCGGCCAAGUCGAGGAGUAAGAAGGAUCUGUCCGAGGACGAGCAGUUCCUGCUGAGGAAGAAGAUCAACAGCCGGGAGCGCAAGAGGAUGCACGACCUGAACGUCGCCAUGGACGCGCUCCGGGAGGUCAUGCCGUACGCCCACGGCCCCUCGGUGCGGAAACUCUCCAAAAUCGCCACGCUGCUGCUGGCCAGGAACUACAUCCUGAUGCUGACCAGCUCCCUGGAGGAGAUGAAGCGGCUGCUGGGCGAGAUGUACGGCCGGAGCGGCUCGGCGACGCGCCUGGGCCAGCUGCCCGUGCUGACCGCCGCCGGGGGCUCGCUGCUGCUCGGGGCCGCCCCUUCGCUCUUGACCCUCGGCAGCCCCCGCCACUCAUCCCCCGGCAUCAAGUGCCCUCUGACUCCGGACGAUCAGCCUUGCUUCCAGCAGUGGGCCGGCUCUCCCUGUGCCUGCGCGGCCUGCAGAUUUCACUGCCUUCCCUCCAGCCUCAGUGCACCCAGUCACCAGGCCAGGUUUCCCAAGUGAUGCUGGAAGUCACCGGAGGAACUCCACACUAGGACAUUACUCAAACUGUUUACUGUGUGUAAAAAAAAAAUAGCGUGCGAAUUGUUUUGAAAAGAGAUAGAUGUGUACGGAUAUGGGCUAGAAUAUUUUCUCUACACCAUAAACACUUGCCGAAUUUCACUGUUGACACUAAUGCUUAGGGUUAGUAAGUGGAUUAGGAUCUCAUUGAUGUUAUGGCCAAAGCUACUGACUGCUUUAGGAUUAUCCGGAUAGUUUUCAAGUCUGACUGUCUCCCAGCGCGAACUCAUCACAGAGCCUUCCCAAUGUAGGUAUUAGAUUACAUUAAUCUGUGGAUGUCAGGCUGGAGAGACUCAAACAGCCAAGUCAACUAUUUCUUUCGUUUGUAUAAUAAUAAAAAGAAAAUUGUUUCAUUCUAAUUGCCGAAUAACCACCUCUUUAUAAAACUUCGAGCUCUUCUUAACAAUUGAACGGCUAUUUAUUAUCAAAGCAUUAGCAACACCGCUCCUUAUUUUAUACUUGAUCUCAUCAAUACAUCUUUUUUUAAAACAAAAUGCUCUUGACAACUGAACCGUUACUGACGAAUGACUUGUUUUGUUACCGAUUGUGAUAAUUAAAUUACCUGUAUUAAAUGUACUGUACAGUUAUAUGUAUAUAUAUAAUAAAUGUUUUGAUAUGCACAACGGAGUUAUUCUCUACGUUUAUUUCACGUCUGUACCUGACAUCCCCAU